AUGGGCUUUGAGGAGGUCGCAGCCUUCUCCAACUCUCAUCCCCCCCAAAAUAUACAAGAUUCAGUCGAAAGAUGGCUCUCUCCGGUGUCGAGGGAAGAGCCGGGCCGAUUCUACAACUACCGGCAGUCCCAUGAACGAUGGGCCUUCAAUACCUAUAACGUGAAACCGGACCUCGAUCAAACCAGCACUGCUUCCGUUGACGACGAUAUCAGUGUGAGCGAUUCGGCACAUGAGUCGUACUCUUCCGAGUCAUCGUCUCAGACGUCAUGGACGUCAACAACCGAUCCUGGCGACAUCUUCCUGGACGAGGACGGCAGAGAACCACUCCCGCCUCUCAAGAAGGUGCUCUCUCACCCACCACUGGAGCCCCAAGAGCUGUUGCAUGGACUACAGAUAAAAGAUGCUGGCGCUUCUGACAACAACUGCGUCAUUGGGUAUGCCUAUCGUAGCCUCAAGGCUCGAGUCUCAACUCAUCUCCAACAGUCUGGUAAGGCAUGUCUACGACUCGGUCGUGGUGGUGAAGCCAGCUUUGACCCAGAUGCGCAACACUGGAGUGCUCGGAGGAACGCUUGUUCCCUCAGGAGACAAUGCCCACCCAAGUUGAAGAGAGACACCGACGUGACAGAGCAAUUUGUAUCUCUGCUCAUCAUCUUUGCCAAGAGACUGAUCACCGCCAUAUGGCCCCUCUCUGACCGGCCGCCGAUGAUGUCGGACUGUUUCAAUGGCGCUGGUGUAUUACGUCUGGAUACCUUCAUCAAGGAAACUCUCCGACGCUCCAAGACAAGCUACUCGACUUUGCAAGUCGCGCUGUACUAUCUCAUCCUCCUCAAGGCCAGGAUGCCCCAUGGCCAGUCCAAAGCCGGUUGUCGAGGCGAGCAGUCUGAGAGAUCUCAGUGUCGAGCGAUGCAGUGUGGCCGCCGCAUGUUCUUGUCGGCGCUCAUGUUGGCUUCGAAAUAUUUGCAAGAUCGCAACUACUCGGCCCGGGCUUGGAGCAAGAUAUCGGGCCUACGAAGCAGUGAAAUCAAUGAGAACGAAAGGGAAUAUCUCGCAACCAUCAACUACGACCUGCAUGUCCCGAAAGAGGCUUUUGACAAUUGGAGCAAGAUUGUUUUGGUCUUGAGUAAAUUGCCCAGCGAGGGGUCUGCGUGCCGGCCAGGCUCUUUCGAUGCCAACUUCGGCCCCCCUGGUGGCCGUGCCAACACUUCCUUGACCGCCAUGAUCUCACAAGUGGGGUUGGACGAGAGCGUCAACGACCAUCUGUUCUCAGAGACGUGGUGGACAGCUUUACUUCGGAAACUAGACCCGAGCAUUGUCAAAGACACGACACAUGUGGACGACUUCUUGCGUGCCAAUAUACCUAGCGACAAGAUGGACGUCGUCACGUCCCUUGCGCAUCUCAGCAAGCAAGAGAGCAGGCGACCGGAAAGCGCAGAGGCUAACUCUCAUGGCUAUGAUUUGAAUUUCAGCGAAGCCUUGAAGACACGCGCCCCCGAGCCAACCAAGACUCCAGCUGUUCCAACUGCCCAAACUCCUGUCCAGAUGAGUCCCGCGAAGGGUCUCGCACUACCGAGUCGUCCUCAGCUCGGAAACCUUCCGACCCCGCAGACUACUCCUCGCAUUCCGGAUCAAUAUUCGUGGGAGCGAAGCUGUGGCCGACCUUCUCUUCGCUGCUCCGCCUCGGUGGAUGCGCUGCGAAGCAUGCGGAAGCAGUGUUUCAUGAACGCUAGUCUCGAACGUUGCCCCCCUCCUCGACCCCAAAGCCUGGUUCUGCCAUCUGUGAAGUGCCUUUUGCGUCCUGCCGAGACAAUUCAGGAACUUCCCAGUCGGUCAACCACCCCAGUGCUCUCAUCACCCGCCUCGACCGCUUCGGACUCGACGACUGUGACGUCGCGAUCCCGGUCGUCAUCAAUUUCAUCCAACUCGUCGUGGUCGUCCUGGGCACCAAGCAUACCGCCGCUGCGGAGAAGGGUGUGGAGCGGCAUCAGCUCUCCUUUAUCUCGAGUGUCUUCGCUGUCAGACCGGCAUUGCAAGCCCGUCUCGACGGAUUGUGAAAGUACCGAGACGACUCCCAAUCAACAAGGCUGCGCCGAGGAACCUCUCCACCAACAUUCGAACAACAUCCCUACUAGUUCUGAGGUCGCUGCCAUCCGUGGACUCAUGUCAUUGUCAGCGCUGACGGAAUCACCGAGCCAGAGUGUCACCCCAACACCUCGGCGACUCGCUGACACAGGUGAGGGCGUGGCUCAUCAGAGCCAUGAUCACCCCAGGGGACAAAAGAGGACUCUCUCCAAGGUCGACUCCGAGCUCCAUGCCCAAGUAAGGAGCAUUCUGUCGCAGAGCCAGACACACAUGGGCGUCGUCGAAGAUUCUCUACCACUUUACCCCUGCAUCACACCCACGCAACUGCAGCAUCCAACCAAGCUUCUGACCGAGUCGCGGAGAGCAGUCUCCAAUGCCACAGGCACGAAACGUCAUUGCUCCAUGCAACACUCUUCCUCCACGCCUGACCUGUCCAUGCGCUUUCUCACAGAAGGCAUCAUCGCAUCUUGA